AUGAAAAACUGUGAAUACCAGCAAAUCGACCCACGGGGACUUUCAACACCCUCGUCAACGCAACCCUGUAACGUUACCGAAAAGAAUGUGCAGAGCAGGCCUCGAAGAAAAUGGGAAGUAUUUCCAGGGAAAAAUCGCUUUUAUUGCGAUGGACGGAUUAUUCUGGCCAGACAAAGUGGUAUCCUGCCUCUGACACUCGGCCUUAUCAUUGUCACAAGUGGCCUUUUCUUUGCAUUCGACUGCCCAUUCCUGGUGACUCACCUGACCAUCUGCAUACCUGUGAUUGGUGGAGCGUUGUUUGUGUUUGUGGUCACCUCCCUACUGCAGACCAGCUUUACAGACCCUGGCAUCCUGCCUAGGGCCCUGCCAAAUGAGGCUGCAGACAUUGAGAAGCAGAUAGACACCUCAGGUUCCUCCACGUACCGCCCCCCUCCACGCACUAAAGAAAUCCUCAUUAACCAGCAGGUGGUGAAGCUUAAGUAUUGCUUCACCUGCAAGAUGUUCCGCCCUCCUCGGACCUCACACUGCAGUAUGUGUGACAACUGUGUGGAGCGGUUCGAUCACCAUUGCCCGUGGGUGGGGAACUGUGUGGGCAAGCGCAACUACCGCUUCUUCUACAGCUUCAUAGUCUCUCUCUCCUUCCACACCUCCUUCAUCUUCGGUUGUGUCGUCACACACCUCAUGCUGCGAUCCCAAGGAGGGAAUGGCUUAGUCCUGGCCUUACAGGAGAGUCCUGCCAGUGUGGUUGAGCUAGUUAUUUGCUUCUUCUCCAUCUGGUCUAUUCUGGGUCUCUCAGGUUUCCAUACAUACUUGGUGGCCUUCAACCUCACAACAAAUUAA